ACAAAAUCUAAACACGAACACACCUGCCUGUUGCUUUUGCAGGGCACCAAAAUUGAGGCCCCAAAAGGAAGCAAGAACAAAGAAAUAGGAAAAGAAAAUAACAAAAAUGGGGCGUGGACGUGGAGUCAGCUGUGGUGGUGGACAAAGCUCUUUGGGGUAUUUGUUUGGAGGUGGAGAGAAUGUUAAUGCUAACAAAACCCCAAAAACUACUAACAACACACCACCAUCACCUCAGAAAGCUAGCCCAGCUCCUGCUCCAGCUCCAGCUCCUGCUUCAUCACCGAUCGAUAAGCAGCUUCCAGCCGGCAUUCACAGCAAGCGUACGAACAAUUACUUCCGAGUUGAUGGCCAGAACUGCGGAAAUUUCAUCACGGAUCGUCCAUCGACCAAGGUUCACUCCGCUCCCGGCGGCGGAUCAUCCCUUGGCUACUUGUUUGGUGGUGGGAGUGGGAACUGAUUCUUGCUUUUGUAGAAAUCAUCACAUCAGCAACUGAAUAAUAG